AUUCAUUUUGUGCUAAGAGAUAAUCAACAACUUUUAUUGUACUUUCUUGAACACUGCAAGUGACAUCAUUGGCGCGAAACGACUUUCAAUAGCGAUCAUCUCUAUUGAUGCCAUUCAUCAGUAUCAAUAGACAAUUAGCUGAACUACUGGACAAUCAUUUGUGUGGAACGUUGAGUGUUCAAUGAAAUUUCAAUUCAACUAUCAGCUCUGCUAUUUAAAGAAAAAAAUGACAUUGUCUCAAAGUUUCCAUGCUAAUUGAAACAAGAGUCUUUGUUAGUAUCUGAUGACAAGAAAGUUUAUCACGUAAACAGCUGUCGAAUCUUGAUCAUGGAGGCAAUUUUUUCUCAAAUUAUAGUUUUUCAAUGCUGCAUUGCAGCUUAGUAUGUAUUUUAUUGCAAUUUAUUCCAUUUAUUUUUUCUUCGCAGGCUUUGCAAUCACUUGUACAAGAAAAGAAGACACCAUUUCUGUCAGUUAAAGAACUUUCAGAGAUCGCAGAGCAGGUUUGCUCUAUUGAUCAGACGGAGAUCGCCGCCAUGUUGAACUUCUACCACGAUCUUGGCAUCAUUAUCAAGUAUGGUGACACAGUUGUACUCGACGCUAAGUGGUUGAUUAACCUGUUCAAAAGUCUUAUUACUAUUGAACCUGAUGAAGUGAAACCUAGGCAUCGAAAGUUUUGGAGAGAGCUGGCAGAAACUGGAAGAUUGCAUACGGACCUUAUCAAUCACGUCUUUCAAGAACUUUCGGAAGCUAGGGACGACGCAAAGAAAGACAUACUAGAUAUGAUGGAAUAUUUUGGAUUGAUUKCCMAAAUAAUCCCAAGUAAUCAGAAGGACGGCUAUUGUYAUUUGGUUCCCUCRCACCUGACAUCAUCACCCGAGSAMGAACUAAWAAAGUGCCAGCCAUCCUCAGACGAACCCUGUCCGUUGUAUAUCCGCUUUAAGGACGGAUUCAUCCCACACGGUUUAUAUUUCCAACUGAUUUGCAGAUGGUGCUCCAUAUAUGGAUCUCAGAAACAACAGACUCUUUUUCAGAAAGAGCCUAAGUUGUUUCGUAAUGCUGCCAAAUUUGUUCUGGAUAAGAAUUCUAAAGUCAUCAUGACAGUCGUAUGCUGCAAGAGCACCAUUAAGGUAUGUCUGCAUUCGAAUCGCGAAAAUAAAACUGGGAUCGAUUUCAAGGCAGUUGAGAUAAAACAGUUAGUCCAGGAAAGCUUGGACAGCUUAACAGAAAAGUGUCCUUGGUACCAAGGCCUACAGUAUGACUUGUGCAUUAGAUGUCCAUUGUGUGCAGUGAACGCUACUGGUAAAGCAGAAGGACACCUCUUUAGAGACGACAACUGCCUGCAUCCAACCACUGACGAUGAAGAAUUUUGUUGCGAAGAGAAAGAUGAAUGGCCAGAGGUGUUGGGACUACAUCAUUGGUUUUCGAGACCAACCAUCGAGCCCUCGGAUCGCCAAAGUGUUAUAGGAGAUGUGCGUGUCUCAAAUGGUUUAUUUGUGGUUAUCAACAUUGCAAAAUUUGAUCAGAGAUUAAAGAAGUUAUCAGAUCGGAUUGGCUCAGAGUACGAUGAAAAAGCAAUGGUUGAAUUGUUUGGCGACUACUUUGGUUUCGAAGUUGUGAAUCUCAGUAACAAAGAUGGAGCAGUGGAAAUUAAACAAGAGCUUCGGAACAUUUCUUUUCACAAAAAGUAUGAAGACAAGGAUUGCUUUGUUCUCUGCAUAAUGAGCCAUGGAGAUAAGGGUGUUUUCUAUACAUCUGAGGGUCAAGCAAUUGAAUACGAGGAAAUUGUCUCCUACUUCGAAAACGGUAUGUGCAAGAGCUUCCGCGGGAAACCCAAGUUGUUUAUCAUCCAAGCAUGUCGAGGAGGUGAUGUGGACCGUGGAGUUGCUGUUACUGAUUUCCCGGCUGACCCAAGAGGAAACAAAGAAAGUCAAGAAAGUUGUGCAAUUCAUCAACAGUCCUCAGAGAGAGAGCAUGUUAUUUCUUGCAAGACUAACAUUCUUCAAGCGUUUUGUUGCAGCAAAGGCUACAUAUCAUGCCGUGACCUCAACUCAGGAAGUUACUAUAUUCAGAGUUUAGUUAGGAUUUUUCGUAGAUUUGCCUCAACCGAAGACGUAGUGCGCAUGCUCGAGAGGGUCAAUAAAGAUGUCAGCAGCAAGCAAAUGCAGUUAACGGACGAACCACGAGUAAAGCAGGGUCCAACCUUUUCAAGCUCAUUAGGAGACGUGGUGUAUUUUUGUACAAAGUAAAUUGCCAUAUUUACUUAUACUCAAAAUAUACAGCCUUAUGCAAAAAUUAUGAGAAUUGUUGAAAUAUCUAAAUAUCAUAAUAUCAAGUGCAUCCCGCGCGAUGCCCUUAG